GUCUGGAGGCUUUAUUUUCCGUCAUGUCUUCUUCUUUUUCUUUUUCUUUAUCUUCUUCUUCUCGUCGUCUGUGAAAAAUCUUCGCGGUGAAUUUUAGUUUUCAUAAUUUCACUAAACUCUUUAUCGUCGAAUGAGCAGUUAAAACCCUCGGAGGGAGAUUCACUGUCCCGGUGGCAGAGACGCUUCUGUCGUCAGAAGAUAAGUCAUAUCCCCAGAGAGGAUCCUGACCAGACUGCAGACACCAUGAGGUGACGACUGUAGCAUCUUGUAUUUUUACAGACGUGGACUUAUGGCAAGGAUCACUUUGUCCUGCCUGCCGGCCUCCUGGUACUGCAGCGUGUCCCUGCUGUCCCUGGGCUGUGCUCCCAGACAGAGGCUGCUGCUGCUGCUGCUCCUCUUCAUCAUCUCCACUCUCCUCAUCUUAGGGACCAACCAGAGGCUGCUAUGGGGCCCCCAGCGACAGCCUGGUGCCCAUUACAACAAGUACCUCUCUAUGGCAGAGUCUAUGGAGGCCACUGACGUCCUCAACCCCGCUCUGAAUUAUGGGAUUGUGGUGGACUGUGGCAGCAGCGGCUCUCGGGUGUUCGUGUACUACUGGCCCCCCCACAACGGGAACCCCCACACCCUGCUGGACAUCCGACAGAUGAAGGACCACGACCACAAACCUGUGGUGAAGAAGAUCAAACCUGGCAUCUCCACUCUGGCAAAGACACCGACGCAGGCCAGUAACUACCUGCAGCCUCUCCUCAGCUUCGCCGCCGCUCACGUCCCGAAGAACAAACACAAGGAGACGCCGCUCUACAUCCUCUGCACUGCUGGCAUGAGGCUGCUGCCAGAGAGCCAACAGGCGGCCAUCUUGGAGGACCUGGUCACCGAUGUUCCCCUGGAGUUUGAUUUCCUUUUCUCCAGCUCGCAUGCUGAGGUCAUCUCAGGGAAACAGGAAGGAGUGUAUGCCUGGAUUGGCAUUAACUUUGUGUUGGGCCGCUUUGAUCACGCUGACCAGGAAGACGCCACAGUCGAGGUGACAACUGGGUCCCAGAACCAGCAGCCAAUCAGCAGGCGGCGUACAGUGGGAAUCAUGGACAUGGGUGGAGCUUCUCUGCAGAUUGCCUAUGAGGUCCCCAGUGUCAUCACCUUCAACUCACCACAAGAGGAGGAGGCAGGGAAGAGUGUUCUUGCAGAGUUUAAUCUGGGCUGCGAUGUCGAGCACACGCAACACGUGUACCGAGUCUAUGUCACCACGUUCCUCGGCUUCGGAGGAAACAUGGCCAGGCAGCGAUACGAGGACCAGCUGCUGAAUAAGACAUUCGCCAAGAACAGGUUUCUAACCACUCAGACAGGCCUGACUGAGGACAAACCGUACCUGGAUCCGUGUCUGCCGGCCGGCCUGUCAGACACAGUUGUCAGGGACAACCGCACCUUGUACUUGAGGGGUCAGGGAAACUGGGCUCAAUGUCAGCAUUCUGUGCAGCCCUUCCUGGGCCUCCACAAUGGCACCAUGUCCCCAGGGGGUGUAUAUCAGGCUCCCAUCAACUUCAGCAACAGCGAGUUCUACGGCUUCUCAGAGUUUUAUUACUGCAUGGAGGACGUGCUGAGGAUUGGAGGACAGUACGACAGCGAGAAAUAUUCCCGAGCUGCUACGGACUACUGCUCAACCAAGUGGUCGACGCUGAAACUGCGUCUGGACAACCAGCUUUUCGCUCAGCAGGCCGACGUCAGCCGACUCAAGUUUCAGUGCUUCAAAUCGGCCUGGAUGUACGAGGUGUUGCACUCUGGCUUCCGUUUCCCCGCUGACUACCCGAGUCUGAAAACGGCUCAGCUGGUUUAUGACAAAGAGGUUCAGUGGACGCUGGGAGCCAUUCUGUAUAAAACACGUUUCCUGCCUCUCAGGGACCUGCAGCAGGAAACGCUGCGACAGAGCCACCCCAGCUGGCUGCGCUUCUCCUUCGUCCACAACCACCACCUGUUCUCGCUCUGCAUCCUGGUCGUGGUGCUCGCCAUCCUGCUCUACAUCCUGCGCCUGCGAAGGAUCCACCAGCGGGAGCAGCGGCAGACUGAGGCCCUGAACCUGCUCUGGGUCGAGGAGGGAGACGCCCUCCUCCCCUGAGGAAGACGUAACAGGAGGUUCCACGUGGAUGACCAGCGUGACCGCAAAUCCAGCAGUAAAGAAUGUGAGGAUGAUAAUAAGGAUCCUGAUGAUUACUCAGCAGCCUGGGGCGUACGUGAAGAGGCAGGAUUUCAUUUCAUGGAGAAACAACACAGAGCAGAGACCCUUUAAUGAGCCUGGACUUCAAACUCCUCUUUAUUCUUUGAUCGUGCAGCUUCGAGCACAGAGCUCAUCUCAGGCGGGAAAGAUGUUCCCUCUUUCUCUUCAAGAAUAUUUCACAUGAAAAGAAACACCUCUGCAUUACAGGAUCAAUCGCUAACCGUUCCCUCUCAGAUCCAGUUUCUAGUUUCACUGCGGGCCGCCAGCCAACCUGGAUUUUAGUGUUGUGCUCUUUACUGCUGAGAGAGAAAACACAGACAGUGAAAACCCCUGGAAGAGAUCUGAUGUAAGAAUGUUGGAUUAUUGAUCGUUCAACAUCCGUUCAGGAAAAAUUACCUGAUGACGCAUGAGAAUAUAUUUGAUUUAACAGGAAUCCAAGUGACAUCUCAUGACCAGAUCUGUCCCACAUCAUUUCCUUCCCUGAUUAAAAAUCAUUCCUCUCCAGCAAACAAAGGAAGCAAAGACGAUGAAGCCGUCACUCAGCGGAGAACAGGUUUUUUUUCCCACUCGGUGAAACCGCAGCGACAAAUAAUAUUUCUCAACCAUCAUCAAGCAGCUGAAGCAUCAACAGCCUCACAACUGAUUUUAAGCGUUGAUCUUCAGUGAGGUGAUGUCACAGCGAGUUAACGUCUCUGUCAUCUUCAUCUCUGUCCGUCCCCGAUGGAAAUAUUUCCCCGAGAGCAGUCCCCCAGACUGAUGACAAUGACGUCGACCACAGAGCUUCAGCCUCAGAUUGUGCUUUGAUACUUGAAUGCCACUGUUGUCCUGCCAGGACACCCCCCCCCCGGUCCAGAUCUUUAUCAGCACAAAGCCAAGAGGCGUUCUAUCUGCGACAAGCUGAGAGAUCUGCUCGGCGUCUGGAUGAAGCUGCUGAAAACAGACAAAGACCCCAGAGGCCUGAUUUUAAACUGCCUGAUUCCAAAAUGCAAGAAUUGCACUAAAGGGAAGAAUCUGGUCUCAUCCGAUGUUAAACAAAAGGAUGAAAAGCCUUAUUGUGACAAUAAGGGUCUGUUUUUCUCAUUUAAAAUUUUUACUGUAUUUCAUGGCUGUCAAUAUAUUUUUUUUUUUCAGUGAGUCAUGUUAUGUCCUGACGACUCGAACAGCGGAGCAACAACCAUGACGAUGCAAAUGUGUGUCUGAUUAUUAACUGUUGAAACUUCCUGAGAAGUUAAAUGACGUGUUGAUCCCACAGUGGGAGAGGUUUUUAUGUUAAUGUCCAAAAGAUGAUGUGAUAUGUAAUUAAUUCCUAUGGAUUUUCUUCAGAGGUGUGUUGACGAUUAAGAUGCUGAUUCCUUUGUUAAAUCAUGCGUUGUAACCUGUGCUGUUGUGUACGUUUGUUGUUAAAGGAGACAUGUGUUUGUUCAGUGUUUCUUUCCUCUUGUGGUUUAAAGGUUUUUCUGUUCUGUAGUGAAGGGAGCUGCUCUCCUGCACAGAAAACAAAGAAACACCUCGUCAGUAGUGCAGCGAAUAAUGUAGCUGCUACGUCCAUGAACUGUAAUUAAAGGUGGUUGAAGAGUCUCCGCUUCCUCCCGCUCUCCAGAGAUGAUGCCAAAAACACCUGAAAUUACAAAAUAAAGUCAACUUUCAUGUCCCAUACUGCAGCCAGCCACCAGGGGGCAAUCACGACGCUUUGGCUUCACUUUUGGGUCAUGUCGCCCAUCUUUGUUCAGAGUCCUGAAUGUGAACAGAACGUGUUUCCUUUAACAAAGAAGCUGCAAAUACAACAGCUUUGUAAAAAAAAAAAAAAAAAUCUAAUGUGAUUCCACUUGUUCUUUUCUUCUCGUUCUCACUCUGAUGGAUUCUGACGUGACGUCGUCAAACCGUCAGCUGGAGUUUUCACCCUCUUCAUCUGUACCUCAGUAGUUUGACUCUGACGCAGCAGACGUGAAAUCUGAGCUCCGACAGAGACGUCCUCCUUUACCUCUCAAUCACAAACCUCACGCUCUCUUCCUGGUUUUGUCCUGAGGUGGAUUGUGGGAUUUCUGCAGCUUUAUGAACUCGUCGGGUGUUUUUUCCAGAGCUGGGCGUCGUGCAAUGUUGAACUAAUGAAUUAUUGAAGGGAACCCUCCACUCUGAUGGUUUUAAUCCAGGUAUCUUUAACAUCAAUGUGAAUAGAAUCAAUUCCAUCCCAAUAAAGAAAAAACUUUUUGUAAUAAA